AUGCAACAUUACAAACGGGGGUGGUGCGGACGGCCGGGCCGCCGCUUCCGCCGCCGCCUCGGCCCCGGCGUCGGCCUCGGGGAUGGUGGCGCCACCGACAACACCCGUCACCGCCGGCGGGAACUGCGCACCCAGUGGCGAGACGGCGCCGCUCAGGUUCAAGCUGUUGCGCUGGUAGCCGCUGGUGGUGCCGACGGCCGAGGAGACGCCGGACGUCGUCGACUGGCCGCCCUCGCUGCCCUGGCGCAGGUGGCGGCGGUCUUGCUCGCUGAGAUCCGAGACGCCCGACUCGCGGGCCACCGAGCGCGGGGCUGCUGGUGCGGGGGCUGGCCGUGGUGUCUGCUGCGCAGGUUCCUGGGCAGGUUGUUGGAGAGGUGCCUGUGGAGGCUGUUGGGGUGGAAACCGUGGUGCUUGGCCGAGCGAGGGCGAGUCGGCGCGGGCAAACACGGGCGGCUGUUGCUGCGGUGCGGGACCAAGCGACGAGGUGCUGCCGUGCUGGGCGGCCUGGCUGCCCGGGACCAAGGGGCUCUCGAGCUCGGCCGACGACGUGGGCACGCUGUGGUAGGUGGCGCCGCCCCGCAGCAUGCGGCUGCUGCUGUUGGCGUCCGUCGUGACGGACCCAAAAUCGGACGACCCGGGCAGCUCGGCGCGGUACUUGGUGUCGGCAAUCAGUUCGGAAAUGUACGUGUUGUCGGCCUCAACGGUGGGCGCGCCAGCGCCAGCACCAGCGGCAGCCGCGCCACCCACCGCGCCCGCCGCCAGAGUCGCGUAACCGGCGCCGCUGCCCGAAUGCUGCGCGGCCAGAUGGGCGGCCUGCAGCUGCUCCAUCUCGGGCGACAGGGGCGUGCUGCUGCUGUACUGGCCGCCGUAGCUCUGGACGCGCCCGCGGUUGGCGGCGCUGCUGUGCGGGUCGUCGUACGAGGACGCGGCCGGGGUCGAGGCGGCGUGCUUGACGCUCGGCUGGGCGCGCAGCCACGAGAAGACAAAGUUGCGGCCCGUGUCGUAGGUGGCCUCGCUCUCGGUGCCGGGCUGGCCGCUGCCGCCCACGGGGCCGGUGCCGCGGCUGGAGCGACGGCCGGCGCUGCUGCCGUACAUGAGGAUGCGCCGGCGGCGGUACAGCAAAACGCCGACGACCGCGGCCGUCAGCACAAUGAGGCCGCCAAUGACGCCGACGAGCGGCGCCACAAACGCGGGCGUCGUCAGCUUGGCGGUGGGGUAGGCGGUGGCAAAGACGGCCUUGAGCCCCGCGUCGGCCCAGCCGCCCGCCGCGGCCGGCGCCGUCGCGGUGGCCCCGCCCUUGCCGCUGCCGCCAAUCACGCUGACGACGGCGUCCGGCACGCUGUACGCGGACCACUUGGUGGGCGUGUAGCUGGUCAUCCAGGUCGCCGACGACAGGUUGAACAGCUGCACGAUGCCGCCGCCCAGGCAGCCCGCGGCCGCGCCGGCCUGGGGCGUGUAGCCGCCGACGACCAGCAUCUGGUCCGGGUAGGGCGCGAAGCACUUGUGGCCGGCGCGGGCGUGCGCGGCGGCGUCGCUGCUCGCGUAGACCUGGGUCCAGGUGAAGGAGGGCAGCGACAGCACCCAGACGUCGUCGUUGAAGUCGCUGCCGACGCUGAGGCCGUCGAAGCCGCCGUAGUAGUAGAUGUUGAAGCUCGAGGCGUCGGCCGCGGCGGCGACGACGGCGCAGGCGCGCGUGCGCUGGCCGAGGCGGGCGCCGCCCGUCGUCGGCUGCUUGUACCAUUUCUUGCCGGCGACGUCGUAGACGUCCAGGGUGGUCAGGAACGCGGGGCUGGCGGCGCGGCUGGCGGACGCGUUGUAGGAUUGGCCGGUGACGGCGACCCACUGCGGGUCGACGACGCCGCCAAUGGCCACGAGGACGCCCUGCGGGCCGACGGGCACCCACACGAGCUCCGGGUUGGCGCGGCCGCGCACGGUGGGCGGCAGCGUGCUGUUGGACCACGUCUCGGCGUUCUGCGUGGCCAUGUCGACGGUGAUGAGCGUGUCGGAGACGUUGAUGGCGGUGAGGCCGUCGACGCCCGUCACGGUGUAGACGGGCCCCCACGACGGGCUGCGCAGGCCGGAAAAGUACCACGCCUUGUUCUCCGAGGGCGCGCUGGCGGCGCCGCCGUAGGCCACGUAGCGCGUCAUGUUGGCCGGCAGGUCGACGUUCAAAAACCCGGGCCGAAACUCCCGUUCCGCGCCGUACCGGUCGGCCUGGUACAGCUGCGCGGCGUCGCUGGGCGGCUGGCUGUACUGCGUCGUGUACUUGAGCAGCCCGCCGUACAGGAACCACUCGUCGUCGUUGGCGAGCAUGGCGCCGUCAAUGUAGUUGGGCGCAAUGUUGUUGGCGUUGGAGCCCGGCGACACCUUGUAGAGCACGCCCAUGUCGGCCGUGAGGUUGUCCUUGACGGCAAACGGCACGCUAAAGUUGAGCGUGUACACGAUGCCCAGCGGAUUCUGGUCCGCCGUCACGGGGCCGUACGAGCUGUCGUUCAUGCCCGGAAUCCACACCACGCUGCCGCCGUCGAGAUACAGCGUGUCGCGCACAACGGCCGCCCGCGGCUGUUCCCAGUAGCACAUGGAGGCGUUGAUCUGCCCGGGGAUCCAGCCGGACGCCUGGGCCGCGGCCGACGCGACGAAACUGGUCGCGGCGAGGAGAGAGGAGGACUUCAUGUUCGAGCAAUGUGUGACACCGAAAAAGGGGGGACGUGGUUGUAG